AUGUCGGAAUUCCUCGAAAGUUUCGGGAGCACGGCCGGAUACAUUCGUUACUCACAACGGCCAGCACUAUACACCCAUUCUGACCACAUCACUAGCUGGAGCGACGACAUCAAGCUAUGGCCAAAUGUUACCUCCGGAGACAUCGUCUAUUACCUCAUCAACUCCAAGGUGUGUGACCUGCAGGAAGUGAAGGCAUACAAGAGCCUCGAAUCCUACAGAUAUUUGCAAAGUGGAUGGGUUGGCAAGUUACUGGCGCACAAAAUUGAUGAGGACACCGCUUACGUGAAGGGCGAAGUGAGGCCAUCGCAAGCAGUGAAAAAUAAGCCUCAAAGAGCAUGGAGCCGUGCAAGGUACAGUGGUGUGGUCCUGACAGGUGGAUGCACAUGCAUGGCUGGCCAAGCUAAAGUGUGCAGCCACGUUGGAGCUCUGUUAUGGAAAAUAGAUCUUGCGGUCUGCAAGGGACUAACAGGCAUCACAUGCACGGACAGAGCAGUCGAGUGGAAUCGGGGUACAAAACGAAAUGUGGAGCCAGCUGUGCUGCAAGACAUCACAUUCAAAAUGCAGAGGAGGACAGUUGAUGCUGAUUCAGCACAUGACAAAGGAAGGACAGACCUAAAUAGCCCAAUUGGCGGUGAAGACUACCCCUGGCUGUCAGCCUCUCCAGAUGGCUUGAUUGACACUGAAGCUGCCAUCCUUGAGAUAAAGUGCCCGCAUGUUGGCAAUUGCGAGACACUAGUGAACAAGGGGAGUGCCAGUGGUGAGGUGACCGAUAUACUGAUCAAAGUGCCACUUGACGCACGCUUCUUGCCACAGAACCUUGUGCGUCUCAGGAAGUUUCACUUUUGUUCGCUGCUGCCCAUCAUUGAACAGCAGUACAGAAACACGCAGUGGAACUUCAGUGCCAUGUACAAACACAUUUUGAAGCUUUGA